CGAAAGUCAGACGCUCAAUCCGAUUUCUUUGCAUAAAAUAUCCCCAAACAUAUCUAAUAAACUAAUAUCAUUUGUAAAUUAUCAGAAUCAAGUAUUUAAAUAUACGUUAAACAAGAAUCUAUAAUUAUUUUUAAAAAAUAGUGUUACAGUUAUAUCAGGAAUAAAAAUAACAUCGGACUACAUUUUAAGGCUAUUUUGUACGUCAGAUUUACCAUCACGGAAGAGCAAUAUGCAUUAAGUUGGAUGAGUUUCAAAAACAAUUUAAUAUCGGGCUAUCAAGAAUUAUACAGAGAUGAAAUGUUUACAGAUGUAACAUUAGCUGCCGAUGGAGUUAUUGCUAAAUGUCAUCGAGCUGUGUUAGCAAUCAGUUCAAAUUUUUUUAAAAUCAUGUUAGAAAGCUGUACUGGAAAUAAUCACCCUAUAAUAUAUCUCAAUAAUAUUUCACAACAAAACUUGAAAAAUCUAUUGGAGUUUAUUUACUACGGAGAGACUAGAGUUGAACAUGCAGAUUUAUCUCAGUUUAUAUUGAAUGCAGAAUCGUUACAAAUUAAAGGAUUAACUGGUCCUGAAACGGGUGCCACUAAACAGACAAGAUCAAUAAAAAAAAAGGCUUCACAGAGUUUAGAAAAUGAAAUAGAAUCUCCCAAAAUGAUAGAAGCAAAACAUGAUGCAAUAUCAGCCCCCACAACCAUUAUUCGCUCAGAACCUAGGAAUACAGCAACAGAUCCAAAAUCAAGCCAUAGGCAUCCAGCAAAUGCAACAAAUAAGCCAAGGACAGAUUUUUCCUCAAAUGACAGCUGUGGCUUAUCCAAAUCCUAGAGCUAUUAACAGCCAAAGUUUCCAGCCAACACAGCAAGUAACUACAACUACUACCCAGCAGGCCCCGAGCACCAAACAAAGAGUAUUCACAGGCACUGUCACAAAAAUCCACAACGAUUUUGGUUUUGUCGAUGAUGAUGUAUUCAUCUAGAAGAAUAAAAGAUUGGCUGACAAUUGGAAAUUGAAUAGAUUGAUUAGAUUCAAAUUUGCGAUAAACAAAUCUGAUUUAAAUUAUUUUGAAUUUGGUUUAUAAAAUUUGUGCUGUUUGUGAUUCAUAGAUCU